CAGACCGUACAGACAUGGCCGCUCUCAGUAAAAUACCACACAGCUGCUACGAGAUCGGGCAUACCUGGGACCCUUCGUGUGUGCAGUCUGCAGUGGAUGUAGCAAGAGGUGCUUUGGAGGUGUCCUUCAAAAUAUACGCCCCUCUGUACCUGAUAGCAGCAGUGCUAAGGAGAAGGAAGAAGGAUUACUAUUUAAAAAGACUUCUCCCAGAGAUCCUGUGGUCUACCUCUUUCCUCGGUGCCAAUGGAGGGCUCUUCAUUGUUUUCUUCUGCAUUCUCAGGAAACUGCUUGGAGGGUUCUACCCCUGGUCUGCCGGGUUUGGCUCGGCGCUGCCUGCCUCCUAUAUCGCCAUCCUCCUGGAGCGCAAGAAAAGGAGAGGGAUGCUGACAAUAUACAUGACAAAUAUUGCCACUGAGACUUUGUUCCGUAUGGCAGUGACACGAGGGAUCGUUAAACCCAUCAAGCACGGCGAGGUGCUUUUGUUCUGCAUAACUGCAUCGCUCUACACAUUCCUCUUCAGGAGGAAAGAUGGUCUCAAGGGGUUUGCCUUCUCUGCAUUAAAGUUCAUCAUCGGGAAAGAAGAGAUUCCAACUCACUCUGUAGCGGCAGAACAGAUCAGACCCCUCGAGAGGACAGCUGCUAUCGAGACUGAGCCUUCACAGGCGUCAGCAGAAAGACCCGACUCCAGCAGGAAAACUCUGCUAGCCUACACCAGGGAGCUGAUAGAAUCAAUAUGCAAAAAGGGUCCAAGACACAGAUGUUGCAAACAUUACCAAGACAACUGCAUUUCCUACUGUGUGAAAGGAUUUGUCAGGAUGUUCAGUGUUGGCUACCUGAUUCAGUGUUGUCUUAAGGUGCCUUCAGCGUUCAGACACAUGUUUACUAAACCCUCACGCCUCCCGUCACUCUUCUACAACAAGGAUAACUUCCAGCUAGGGGCCUUUCUAGGAUCCUUCGUCAGCAUCUACAAGGGAACAAGCUGCUUGCUGCGCUGGCUGCGAAACAUUGAUGAUGAACUCCAUGCACUGAUAGCUGGCUUCCUGGCUGGUACCUCGAUGUUCUUCUACAAGAGCACGUCGAUAUCCAUGUAUCUCUUCUCAAAGCUGGUGGAGACCCUUUACUUUAAGGGCAUCGAGUCCGGACGGUUCCCUUACUUUCCUCAUGCAGACACGGUCAUCUAUGCCAUCUCCACGGCGAUCUGUUUCCAAGCCGCUGUGAUGGAAGUGCAGAACCUCAGGCCUACAUACUGGAAGUUCCUGCUGCGUUUGACUCAGGGCAGAUUUGCUCUGAUGAACCGGCAUUUGCUAGAUGUGUUUGGGACUCAAGCCUCCAGGGACUUUAAAGGCUUUGUGCCCAAGCUGGACCCUCGUUUCACCACAGUGCUUCCACCAGGAGCCGACAUCCAACUGGGCUGACCUGGGAUCAGGCUGUGGGAGGGGAUGUUAGGGGUUACCUCAAUGGACAGUGUGGUUGUUAUUUCUGAGUAACUGAAGGAUCUUUUUAAAGGUGUUAUAACAGCUCAGGAGUUGUGAAGUCGUGUUAUUAGAUGGGGAAAUGCUUUAGAAGAUGUCGGGCCCUAGAUGUGUCCAAAGCAGGACGUCAUGAGUGUCAAGCAUGAUGCUGCACACGUUUACAGCCUGGGGUUGUGUGAAACAGGUGACUUGCAAAAUAUAUAUGAAACAUUUUUACACUUAAAAACCCUUUACACUACAAGAUACAUAUUAAAGGUCCCCUAUUAUACCGUUUUCAUCAAUAUAUUAUAGGUCUCAGAUAUAUACAAACAUGUCUCUGAAGUGCUUGGCUCGAAACACCAAACAGAUCAUUGCAGCAUCCCAUAAUCCCCUCUGUUUCAGCCCUGUUUCAAAAGUGCUGAUUGAAACAUUUUACAUUUAGUUGUAAUACUAAACUGUUCUGCAGGUUAUGGAUGGUAAUAGUAAGGUAUCAACCUUAUAUGGUGUGUUUACCAAAACCACAGAUAAUCAAAAACAUGGUUUAUUGUAAAAGAUGAAUUCAAUUUGGCUUCAACAGCAUUCCUUUGGUCCAAAUGUUUCUUAAUUUAGCAAGUUACCUUUUAAGUUUGUAUUGACUGAACUCUGGUUACCUGUCUGAUUGCUUUCAGGACAGGGCAAAAAUCACCAACUAAUCUUUUUGAAAUAGGCACCGUGAUAACUGAUUUAAGAGGUGAAAGAAUUUGUCAAUCAUAACUCUCAGAUCAUUUCUAAAUGUGCACCUUUUAAUGGGUGCAAUUGAUUAUGUAGCCUUAUCAAAUAUUAUAUUCUAUAGUAUACAAAGAGAGAUGUAUUUAGAUUGUUUUCUAUGAUUUGAAACAAAGAGGUGGAAAAUCAAAAAUUUUAACCAGUUACUUAAAUUGUUGAUCUUGUUUUUGGUGAUUUUUUUUAAAAUUCCAAUUUAGUUUUGUUUUUAAAUGUCAUUCUUGAGUGUUUUUUUAAAGUUAGCUUAAAUGAGUUAAAUGAAGCAGCAAAGACCUUGGAAAAGUUGGAUAUUACAUUUAUGGAGAAUAUUUUGAAACCUGUGGUUAGGUUGUAUAAAAAUAAACGAAUUAAGAAAUAACCAUUAAUUUCACCCUAAAGGCAUAUACAUUGGAAGUGAAUGGCAAUACACUUCUAUAUUUGCUUUAAUUAAAACAAAUCUUAAAUAGGCCAAUACUUUGUAAUGUGAUAAAUUGCAUUGCAGGGGAGACUCAUUUUAUAGAUCCAUAUAAUUCCUCAAGCCUCAUGUAAUAACAUUAGCAAAUUAUUAUUCAAAAAAUCAUCACCAAAGUCAACCUGAUCCUUUUUUAUUUCAUUUUCUGCCGGUGUUUGGGUAAGAACAGUGUGAUCUAUAUGACUGAAUAUUUAAUAUUCACUAAUACAGACCAAACACAGAAUCAAACUGGUUCAAAUGAAUGAUUUAGUUGUUUCAUAUGAGCUUAUAAAAUAUCUAUUAAAAAUGCAGUUGGCUGUUUGCAUUUCAAUUAAUACUCACUGUCAGCUUCAAGGUGAACCCAAUAGCUUAACUUCCACUUUGAUUAAAAAAUGGUUAACUUAGGAAUUUGGAGGCACAUUGAAGUGUUUGUAUGAAGGUACAGUAAGGAAUCUGUUUCUGUGAAUAAAAAGCUCACAGCUCAAA